UGGUAUUCAAACCAUCAUAUAUAUUUCUCUCUACUGUACAUUCGUCCCUCAGUCCAAUGCUCAUUCCCCCAAACCACAAUAUCUGCUUGUUUCUGAAAGGUAUCAGUAGUCUCUCAUGUGUUAGUGGAAUGGAGCACAACCAAAUUUGUCGCUUCCUGCUUGGUAUUGUCAUUGGCAUACGGUUGCCCGGAAAUCUCAAUAAUGCUCGCCUGACUCGUGCCGUUCAUGCCAUCCUUGAUUUCCUUUAUCUUGCACAAUACCCUUGUCACACAGAUCAAACACUGGCACUUCUCGACGAUGCCUUAACACGCUUUCACGACAAUAAGGACAUCUUCCUUGAUCUUGGGAUUCACUCAAAUUUCAACCUUCCGAAGCUUCAUGGCUUCCGUCACUACGUACAUAUGAUCAAAAUGUAUGGUACGACUGACAACUACAACACCAAGUACACCGAACAUUUACACAUCAACCUCACCAAGGAUGCCUAUAGGGCUACCAACCAUAAAGACGAGUAUAGCCAAAUGUCGCUCUGGCUUGAAAGACGGGAGAAGAUUCUAUGGCACGACAACUUUGUUAGAUGGCGUCUUGUUGGUGAUCUCGCCCCACAAGAAAAGUCACCUCCAGACAUGGAUUAUCAUCGGGCGAUCAAGAUGACCAAACACCCAACCGUCAAGCGUGUCCAGUUGGACCGCAUUGUGCAGGAGUACGGUGCCACAUUUUUCACGGCAGCAUUGGCUCAUCACAUUGUUGGGAGAAAUCAUCCUGGUUUGUCUGCAGCACAACUGGAACGAGAGGCUGCCCAUAUCAUUCUUCCCUUUGAUACUGUGGCUACGUUCCACAGGAUCAAAUUCAACACAAUCAAUGCUCACGGGAUCCAGGACUCGAGUGUCACCGUGGAUUCGGUCCAUUGUCAACCAUCGCAGGAGGACAAGAGAGGGUAUACGAUCCCUGCACGCUUUGACACUGUUUUGGUCAACGAAGGCGACGGUGGGAUAACGGGCGUGGAUG